AUGGGUGCUUUGCGAAGCGCUAAUCUGUACCUCUGUACCUUACUGCUUAUUGAAGGUGAUGGGAAAACUAAGAAUGGAGCAUCAAGUCGAAGACAGACAACAUAUGGACCUCAGAAAGAAAGAGAGGUUGUUUCUCCAACCUUUAGCUCCACUCCUCUUUUGAAGAAGAAGGAUAAAGGAAAGGCAAUUACUGUACCAUCCUAUUACCAACCUCCUGAGAAAACAGAGGAAUAUGGUAACACAAUUCACGGUUCUUGUAGUUUACUGGAGAAAGAAAUGGAUAAGGUGAAAGGAAAUCUCUUUCCUUUUAGUGGAUAUGCUGAAAAAGCAGAAGUUGGGAAGGAAAUUCCCAAUCAUUCUAGCUUCUCAUUUGAAAAAGGAGUGAGGAAGACAGUUCUUAGUGCUUCUGGCUGCUCAAUUGAGAAAACAAAACAGCUGAGGAUGGGAAUCCUUAAUGCUUCUAACUGCUCAUAUGACAGAAGAAAGGAAAGAGGGGUUGUGAACUUUAGUCAUAGCCCCUCACUCGACAAAACAAAUAAGACCGGGAAGACAAUCCUCAAUCCUUCUAGCUCGUCAAUUGAGAAAACAAAGGAUAAAGGGAAGGCUGUUCUCAACGCUUCUAGUUGCUCAACAGAGAAAACAAAAGGGUUGAUCCUUGAUCCUUUUAGCUGCUCAUAUGAGAAAAGAAAGGAAAGAGGGUUGAUUCGUAGUCCUUCUAGCUCCUCACUCGAGAAAACAAAAGAGAUAGGGAAGACAAUCCUCAAUCCUUCUAGCUCAUUGGUUGAGAAAACAAACUAUAAAAGGACGAAUGUUCUCAAUCCUUUUGACUGCUCAAUUGAGAAAACAGAGGAAAAAGGUAAGUCCAUUCUCAAUCCUUUUGGCUCCUUACUUGAGGCGACAAAGAAGAAGGGGAAGGCGAUUCUCGUUACUAGCUCAGUUGAAAAACUAAACGAUAAAAGGGCAUCUGCUACUGUGCUGGUUAAUUACACUUCUUGGAGAAGAAAAAGUGGAAAGAAGACUAUAGAUAUUGGGGCUUCUAGUUGCCCUCCUCUACUGAAGACAAAGAAUGGUUUUGAUGAAUCUCGUGAUGUUAAACCAUCAAAGUCAUGGACUGAUCUUCACCAUAAGCGGGAAAAGAAGAGGUGCAUUCGGCAGGAAGGUGCUAAUGACUUCUGCUUGCCACGAGAUUUUAUUGAAAAGCAGAGAGCAUAUUUUGAAGAAGUUGACAAGUUUGAAUUGCCUGUAGAGGAAAUAUAACAGGAUGAGUUACGACGAAAAAGAGAGAGAGCAUAAUUAACUGUACAAAGUAUGUGUUUCUAACACAAGUCCUUGUGUAGUCCCAGUAUGAUACUUCAAUUGGUGUUGAUGUGUUUCUUGCCAAUUUUUACGUUAGUUUAUUUUAGCAGUUGAUUCUAAUGCUACUGAACACGUGUAGAUAAGGCAUAGCUUCCUGAGAGAGUGUAUUGUACUUCCAGUUGUAGCCUUUCUGUAAUACUGUGUUAUUCCGUACUUAAAUGAAAUUUCUAUAGUAGCCACUCAGCAUAAGAAUAACCUAAA